AGCCCGCUACGUCCAUCCGUCCGUCUGUCCACUCCCACCCGCUUCACUGUCUUCAAUCCCCCCACACUCUAGAGGGCGGGUGGGCAGGCGAGUGAGAGCGAGGGGUGUGCGCCGCUCUCUCGGCAGGGGGCGGGGGAGGCGGCCGCGCGGUGACGCGCGGGGCUGCUGCGGCUGCUCCGCCGGCGGAUCAUCACUCUCGGGCUGGGAUGGACGCAGGGCGGGCGGGCCCUGGCGCGCAGAGCCAGGAGUCCGGGCCUCCUGGCUGCUGAGCAUUCCCCAAAGCCUCCCCCAGCCCUUGCCUUCCUUCCUAGGAGCCGCGCCGACCUCUGCCUCGAGGCUCCGGACUCGGCCCCCGCCCUCUUCUGACUCCCCGGAUCUCCCUCUCCCGCCCGCCCUCGGGAUCGACUAGAUCCCUCCCCCUCCCCGAGGAUUCCGGCUGGAUCCCUGCCCCUGCACCGCGGAUUCUGCGCUCCGGGGCCCCGGGCCCCUGGGGAUUGCUGUGGACUCCUCCUCCAGCGCCCGAUCCCUUAGGAUCUUCCGCCUGGACCGCCUCCUGGUCCCUCGAAGCCGGCCCAGAGAGCCAGUGGAUCGCCAAGCCAAUCCUGUCCCGUUGCUCCCUCCUGGCUCAGCCUUCCCCACUGCGGGGUUCCCUGUUCUUGAGCUCCCUCUGACCCCAUACCCUAGCUUUCCUUUUCCUGGGGAUCGACUGGAUCCCGGCCCCGCCCCCCGGGGCUGGGGCGAUCCCCCUCCCCCGCCGGGUGAGGCGCUGCAGGCGGGGGCUGGGCCUGCGGGGCCGCGGGGGCUCAGAGGCCGCCGCCCCCCUUCUGAAGCCCGUCCGCCCCCCACUCGGAGCCCUGGAUGGAGGCACCACGGCCCCAGGGCUGAUCCAGGUCGGGCCUGCCUGCACCUCCUCCUACCUUCUUCCCCUUCCCCACCCCUCACCCCCUCCAUGGAGAGGAACAGACUCCUCUUCUGUCCCUUCUAACCCAGGUCCCUACCCGUCCCCCUCCUCCUUCCUUUCCCCGCCCCCUCCUCCCUCCUGGGGCGAGGGGGGCCUCCCUCCCUCUCCCCCCCUUCUCUCUCUCUCCGAGGGGGGGGUCAGGGGAGGGAGGGGGGGUCCCCCAAUCAGCAUGUGGCUCCUGGCGUUGUGUCUGGUGGGGCUGGCUGGGGCUCAACGGGGAGGAGGGGGUCCCGGCGGCGGCGGCGGCGCCCCGGGCGGCCCGGGCCUGGGCCUCGGCAGCCUCGGGGAGGAGCGCUUCCCGGUAGUGAACACAGCCUACGGGCGAGUGCGCGGCGUGCGGCGCGAGCUCAACAACGAGAUCCUGGGUCCGGUCGUGCAGUUCUUGGGCGUGCCCUACGCCACGCCGCCCUUGGGCGCCCGCCGCUUCCAGCCGCCGGAGGCACCGGCCUCGUGGCCCGGCGUGCGCAACGCCACCACCCUGCCGCCCGCCUGCCCGCAGAACCUGCACGGGGCCCUGCCGGCCAUCAUGCUGCCUGUGUGGUUCACCGACAACUUGGAGGCGGCCGCCACCUACGUGCAGAACCAGAGCGAGGACUGCCUGUACCUCAACCUCUACGUGCCCACUGAGGACGGUCCGCUCACAAAAAAACGUGACGAGGCGACGCUCAAUCCGCCAGACACAGAUAUCCGGGACUCUGGGAAGAAACCAGUGAUGCUGUUUCUACAUGGCGGCUCCUACAUGGAGGGCACUGGGAACAUGUUCGACGGCUCAGUCCUGGCUGCCUAUGGCAAUGUCAUCGUAGCCACGCUCAACUACCGUCUUGGGGUGCUCGGUUUUCUCAGCACUGGUGAUCAGGCUGCAAAAGGCAACUAUGGGCUCCUGGACCAGAUCCAGGCCCUGCGCUGGCUCAGUGAAAACAUUGCCCACUUUGGAGGUGACCCUGAACGUAUCACCAUCUUUGGGUCUGGUGCGGGGGCCUCCUGUGUCAACCUGCUGAUCCUCUCCCACCAUUCAGAAGGACUGUUCCAGAAGGCCAUUGCUCAGAGUGGCACCGCCAUUUCCAGCUGGUCUGUCAACUAUCAGCCGCUCAAGUACACGCGGCUGCUGGCAGCCAAAGUGGGCUGUGACCGCGAGGACAGCACCGAGGCUGUGGAGUGUCUGCGCCGGAAGCCUUCCAGGGAGCUCGUGGACCAGGAUGUGCAGCCUGCCCGCUACCACAUCGCCUUUGGGCCUGUGGUGGAUGGCGACGUAGUUCCCGAUGACCCCGAGAUCCUCAUGCAACAGGGAGAAUUCCUCAACUACGACAUGCUCAUUGGUGUCAACCAGGGAGAGGGUCUCAAGUUCGUGGAGGACUCCGCAGAGAGUGAGGAUGGUGUGUCCGCCAGCGCCUUUGACUUCACUGUCUCCAACUUUGUGGACAACUUGUAUGGAUAUCCGGAGGGCAAGGACGUGCUUCGGGAGACCAUUAAGUUCAUGUAUACGGACUGGGCUGACCGGGACAAUGGCGAGAUGCGGCGGAAGACCCUGCUGGCACUCUUUACCGACCACCAGUGGGUAGCCCCAGCUGUGGCCACUGCCAAGCUGCAUGCCGACUACCAAUCCCCGGUCUACUUCUACACCUUUUACCACCACUGCCAGGCUGAGGGCCGGCCAGAGUGGGCUGAUGCAGCACACGGGGAUGAGCUGCCCUACGUCUUUGGGGUACCCAUGGUAGGCGCCACCGAUCUCUUCCCCUGCAACUUCUCCAAGAAUGACGUCAUGCUCAGCGCAGUGGUCAUGACCUACUGGACCAACUUCGCCAAGACGGGUGACCCCAACCAGCCUGUGCCACAGGACACCAAGUUCAUCCACACCAAGCCCAACCGCUUUGAGGAGGUGGUGUGGAGCAAGUUCAACAGCAAGGAGAAGCAGUACCUGCACAUAGGCUUGAAGCCGCGCGUGCGCGACAACUACCGUGCCAACAAGGUGGCCUUCUGGCUGGAGCUCGUGCCCCACCUGCACAACCUUCACACGGAGCUCUUCACCACCACCACCCGCCUGCCUCCCUACGCCACGCGCUGGCCACCCCGCACCCCCGGUCCCGGCACUUCCGGCACCCGCCGGCCUCCCCCACCCGCCACCCUGCCGCCCGAGUCCGAUAUUGACCCAGGCCCAAGGGCCUAUGACCGCUUCCCUGGUGACUCGAGGGACUACUCCACGGAGUUAAGCGUCACUGUGGCAGUGGGAGCCUCCCUCCUCUUCCUCAACAUCCUUGCCUUUGCCGCCCUCUACUACAAGCGGGACCGGCGACAGGAGCUUCGGUGCCGGCGGCUUAGCCCACCCGGAGGCUCAGGCUCAGGUGUGCCCGGCGGGGGCCCCCUGCUUCCCACUGCCGGCCGGGAGCUACCUCCAGAGGAGGAGCUGGUAUCCCUGCAGCUGAAGCGGGGUGGUGGUGUCGGGGCGGACCCUGCUGAGGCCCUGCGCCCCGCCUGCCCACCCGACUACACCCUGGCCUUACGCCGGGCACCGGACGAUGUGCCUCUCUUGGCCCCGGGCGCCCUGACCCUGCUGCCCAGUGGCCUGGGGCCCCCACCUCCGCCCCCACCUCCUUCUCUCCAUCCCUUUGGGCCCUUCCCGCCACCCCCUCCUACUGCUACCAGCCACAACAACACGCUACCCCACCCCCACUCCACCACGCGGGUAUAGGGGGCGGCUUGGGGAGGUCUGCCUCCCUAACCCUCCCAGCCCAGGCCACUUGAAGGCAGGGAGGAGGACUUGGCACCGGGCUUUCCCCUGUGGAUUUGUCAGACGCCGUGGAGCAGCGU